UCCAGUGAUUUGGCACUUUUGAAUUUGUCAAGGUUUCGGGAGAGACGUCGAGAGAGAAACACCAAGUCAAGAUGUUUAAAGAACUUCUCAUUCUUGCUUUUUUCGUGGGGCUCGCGUCCGCGAAAAUCAUUGUAAAAUCAGAAAACGACUUAAAGAAAAGAGAUUCGUUUGAACCCGAGAGACUAAGCCUACCCAAGCACAUCCUGGAAGACGCCGAUGUAGGGGAUCCCUCAAUCUUCGAUGAAAAGAGAGGAGCUGACUUCGAUAAGGCCUUAUCUAUCUAUGAUUAUAUCACCGACUUGAACAAGAGGGCAGCUUGUACUCACUACUUCCCCAGCCUUUGCCCUACGUUGGCCAGGAAAGGGUACUGCAGCAAGGCGAAAGCGGGCAGAAAAGCAGCAUUUGUGACCAGAUUCUGUGGCUGGGUUUGUAAUGGCUGCUAGAUUGUCCUAGCUCAUUUGAUGAAUAUACAACUUAAAUGGGUGUUAUUUCACAUCUGUUAUUCCAAGUCUUUUUUAAUAUCUACAUUUUUUAAGUUAAAUAAAACUUAAGCAAAACAUCGCUAUCUAAAUUUGGUCAACUUGUUUAAAAAAUCCAUUUUUCUCUGCAGUUUAUCGCUAGUUAAUCAUACAUAUUCGAAUACUAGUCGGAUGUUCGUUCGGGUGAUGAUCGGGUGAUUUUCGUCAAUUUCCGUUAUGUGUAAGCGGUUGACACAAUUUACAUAUCACGAGCUAUUUCAUAUGAUCAAGUGAAACUACGUUUAAUCACAUGAAAAUAUUACCAAUAAUUAUUCAUGGUCAUUCAACUAAUAAAGGACUAUAAUCACUAAA